AUGAGUUCCUCGGCUACAAUAUCAGCCAGACUCUCAGGCCCCCGAAACAUGCGCCCUGCGAUCUCACAACCGGUGGCCACACAUGUCUCCCAAAGUCGGAGUACAUGGCGAUGUGCACGCAACGGUCAGAGUGAGAAGACAGACCGCAUUUCUCGACGUAUUGACCCAUACCAUCGACAUCCUUUAUUCAAUCAGCACAAUGCCGAAUCUCGAAAUUGUGGAUCUCCAGCUCCCAAUCCUAAGCAUUCAACUUGGGGCUGGGGAAUGUGGCGCUCUCGUUCAGGAUUGUCUGACCUCUCCUCUGGCCGAAAAAAGAGCGUGUUGGACUCAGAACGAGAACAACUGUACAGCAAUAUGGAGUCAUUGAGAAAAGAAAUUGAGGCCGACCCCUACAGCGCUUUGUUUGGGCGUAGAUUGGACCCUUUCUACAAAAUUGACAAGUCCGAUGCCUCAUUUAAUGGCUUUCUCAAGUCUCUUAUGCACAGCGAAAAAUCCAAUCGUGCUCAAUCUAUGGAUGCAGCCCAGAAGAAGAGAAGGAGUGACUCAAAUCAUGUUGGACUUCAGUACGAUCCCAUUAGUGGGCGGAUGGCGCCAAUGCCUCCUAUUGUAUCGGAGCCGCAAAACGAAGAAGCGAAAGCCAGCUCUCAUAAAGUCGUAGACUGCCCUCCUGGCAGUGAGAUUGAGGCAAAGUUUGUCUCUUACCCGAACUUACCUCAGGAUGGGCAGUUCCAGCCUGGAGACUCCAAGUUGCAGACCGAAGCUUCGCUGAGCUCACAGAUUGUCGAAUGUCCUCCAUGUAACGAGCUGGAUGUACUCUUCCAAUCCAACCCUGAUCACUCUCAAGAUACAAUUACCAAGACACAGGUUCCCGGUGAGGAUACAGCAAAACCAAAUGUUAGCAUCGAUUGUCCCCCUGGUAAUGAAUUGGACUCGUUGUUCGUUUCUGAAUCAGUCCAGCCAGAGAUUUCUUCGCUGACAACAUUCAACAAUACUGAGCCCAAUAACCGACCCAACUCGGAUCUUGGCCUGGCUUCUGGAAUGAAUGUGAAUUGUUCUCCAGGCAGUGAGCUAGAGGCCAAGUUUAUCUCCGAGCCUGCCAGUCGCUUGGUCGAAACACUUCCAUCCAUUUCGGAGAACAACCGCUCUAAUUAUCCAGCGAGUAAUUCAAUUGACUGCCCACCCGGAAACGAACUGGACGCAAAAUUCUCUUCUGAGAAAGCCCGUCCAAAUUCUGAGACUAGCAACACGAGCCACCAGGAAGCCACCUCAUCCGUCCAAUCGGACUCUCACACAAACUUUGAACGCUCUCCUAGCAAUGAGAUAGAAACUCAAAUUCUGCCUAAUCUGCCAAGUCAAGACGGUUCUGGAUCAAGAUCACAGACCGUCGUUGAUUGUACGCCUGGAAUCGAAUUGGAGGCCAAGUUCAUGUCCAACCCAACUUGGGACACUGAUAGACAAUCAAAGCCAGAAACGAUAUUCGAGCAUAAUCGCUCCAAUAAGGCGGGUGUUCCCACCGAAUCUUCACCUGGAAAUGAAUUGGAAGCGAAAUUCAUUUCCGAUGCGGCCAGUGCGAAGAGUUUUUUCGAGACUGAAGACCUGGGUGCAUUGCAAGCCAGCGACAUCCGUGCUCAAUAUGCCUCCAAAGAGAGUUCGACACCUCAAGCAUGCUCGUUGGAUUUUGAUGCCUCCGAGGACCGUGUGGGCGACUUUAUCCUCCAGCAACAAGAGCUGGCUACUGAGAACAAGAACCAAAUAGCAUCUCGUCAGCCCUCCCCCGAAUACCAUAUUCUUGCUUACGAUGCAUCAACAUCUCAAGUAACAACAGCUCAAGCAAGCUCGUUCUUUGGCAUCAAUGAGACAGUCCAAUCAAGUGAAAUUUUGUCGCGACUUCACAAUCCUGCCAAAUUCGUACCUAGCUUCGAGAAGAUGCAGCAAGAUGGUUACGAAAUCGCAACAGGAGGAGGCGAUAUCCUUGUUUUCCGAAAAAUCCACAAUGCCUCCAGCCCGGAUGCUUCAAAUAACACAUGUGAGACAGAAGAAAGAGAUCCUCCGUUUUUAAGUGACAGCCGGGCUGGGUCUUCCAAGCAAUCCUCAGCACCGGGCCCUGAAGAUGAAUCAACAACAAAGCCUGACUCCUUCAUACGCAAAGCCGGCCGCAGAAUGCUGUUCGCUGGCACGAUAACUGCAGCAACUUGUUAUGCUAUCGGAGUUGUGACAGAGUUCUUCCGCACCGGUGGAAAGGACGGUCGUGGGAUUGAUGGGUUUACUGCGUUCGAGUCGGAUCGGCGUCAUCGUGAUUGA